UCACCAUUGACGAUGAGCUUGUUAGGCCUUUGCCCUAACAAUUCCUCUUCGCCUCUGUUCUCCUUCGUCUCGAAUUUGCAUUUUCGUCACUGCCUUCGCCUCUUCCCCGUCCCUCGCGUUUCCAACCAUUGCUGCGUACCAGCUUGGCUUUCUAUUUCUGGACUAGUUUGUUUUCCUGAAUGUUAAUGGAAAAACCAUGGCAUCAGUUUAAAGUACAAAUUUAAAAAUACUUAAUGUUCAUUAUAAACGGUGGCUCAGGCUUUUUCUUCGUGAUUAUCGAAUUUAUAAGUUGACUGAUCGGAGGAGUUAUAAGUUACAUUUUUAUCUCAGACGUUCAUUUUCCAAAGUGUUGUAUUGCUCCGGAACGACACAUUAAAUUGGGGAAAAGGUUUGGCCUUAACUGCGCACUUUGGUUAUAAGAGCGAUAGUCAGAGUGAGUUCCAACCAAAGGAUUUGAUGGCUGGAGAAAAGGAAAUUUCAGGAAUAAACAGAAACCCUUACCCACCUAUUGAGCCAUACAGUACUGGGUUUUUGAAAGUGUCGGAUCUACAUACUAUUUACUGGGAGCAAUCUGGGAAUCCCGCUGGUCAUCCGGUGGUCUUUCUACAUGGGGGACCAGGGGGAGGAACUACUCCAGGCAAUAGAAGAUUCUUUGACCCAGAUUUUUAUAGAAUUAUUUUGUUUGAUCAGCGAGGUGCAGGGAAAAGUACCCCACAUGCUUGCUUGGAGGAUAAUACCACGUGGAACCUCAUUGAUGACAUUGAGAAGCUAAGGGAACACUUGGAAAUUCCAGAGUGGCAGGUCUUUGGAGGCUCUUGGGGUAGUACGUUGGCUCUUGCUUAUAGUCAAUCUCAUCCUGAAAAGGUUACGGGAUUAGUUCUUAGAGGGAUCUUUCUUCUGCGGAAAAAAGAAAUUGAUUGGUUUUAUGAAGGUGGUGCUGCUGCUAUAUAUCCUGAUGCUUGGGAGUCUUUUAGAGAUCUCAUUCCCGAAAGUGAGAGAGGAUGUUUUGUUGAUGCUUAUUAUAAGAGAUUGAAUUCAAAGGAUAUGGAAACCCAAUAUGCAGCUGCAAGAGCGUGGACCAAAUGGGAAAUGAUGACUGCACAUCUCUUGCCAAAUGAGGAGAACAUUAAAAGAGGGGACGAUGACAAUUUUUCAUUGGCAUUUGCCAGGAUUGAAAACCAUUACUUCGUAAAUAAGGGGUUUUUCCCUUCUGAUUCCUUUCUGCUAGAUAACAUUGACAAGAUACGACAUAUCAAUGCUGUAAUUGUACAGGGAAGAUAUGACGUUUGCUGCCCAAUGAUGUCUGCUUGGGAUCUUCAUAAAGUGUGGCCCGAGGCUGAAUUAAAGAUAAUUUCCAACGCAGGCCAUUCUGCUAAUGAGCCUGGAAUAGCUGCCGAGCUCGUGGCGGCUAAUGAGAAGCUGAAGAACAUCCUCCAGAAGAAUGGAGCAUAGUAACACUCCCUAGUAUUUCUCACAAUUCUAUUCAUCGAAUAAGUUAUCAAUAUCUGAAAUAAAUUGAGGAUGCCAAAGUAUUGUUUAGUGGCAUGUGUUAAUGGUUGAACAUUGGCCAUUUCUGAAAUGCAGAAAGUUAGAACUAACGUCUAUCCCCAUGUUGAUUUCCAACCGUCCACUAUUCAAAAUGUUUUUUAUUGGAUUCUUUUGGUCUCUUUUAUUCUCUUAAAGGCACUUUUGUGAACCUUCAAUUU